AUGAACAACCAGGUUGUGCAGAGGGUGAACGACCAUACACAUGCUGGAGAUGCUGCUGGAGUUGAAAUGCUGACAGUGAGGAGCAAUAUGAAACAGAGAGCGGAAGAAACAGAAGAAACUCCACAACAGAUAAUUACAGCAGGAGUGCAAAACAUGAGUGAUGCAGCCUCUGGAGCUAUGACACCCAUAACAAACGUCCGCAGAAAUAUCCGACGAAACAGACAGCGUGCUGGAAACCAACCUCCUGUCCCGGCCAGAGCUGCAGAUGUUAUUAUCCCCAGACAGUCUCAAAUGACAGCUAGAGAUGGUAUCUUUUUACGGUUUGAUAAUGGUGAAGGAGAAGCUGACAGAAUACUCAUUUAUAUGAGUGAAGAUGGGCAACAAUGCCUUGCAACGUCUGAUUUCUGGUUUGCCGACGGAACAUUUAAAGUAGUGCCAGAAGUCUUUUUCCAACUGUACACCAUUCACAGUUUAACAGCUAACGGAAGUGUUUUCCCUAGUGUGUACGCUCUCAUCACCAAUAAGAGACAGGAUACCCAUGCGCGUGUUCUUCAAGAAGUGUCGGCCAUCGCAGGUGGGGUGAACGGCCUCCAGCCGACAAAAGUGCUCAUUGACUUCGAACGGGCAGCCAUGAAUGCCAUACUGGGCGUGUUCCCCGACGUGGAGGUGAAAGGAUGUUUCUUUCACAUGACUCAAAAUGUAUAUCGUCAGGUAAAUAUGCCAAAGUAG